AUGGUGGAGUCAGGCAGGUUGAUCUAUAUAAGGACCCACCAAAAAAGUUUGAGGUGCGAAACAUAUAAUUGCUUGAAUGAUGCAAUAACACGCGGUGAAGUGGAUCCUCGGACUCAAGGGAAGAGAAUAAUAUUGCCUUCAAGUUUUACUGGUGGUGCUAGAUACAUGAUACAGAAUUACCAGGACGCUCUGUCUAUAUGUAGAUGGGUUGGAUACUCGGAUCUCUUUAUCACAUUCACAUGCAAUCCAAAGUGGCCGGAGGUUAAAAGCUUCUUGACUGAUCGUAAUUUAAAACCGGAAGACCGGCCUGACUUAAUAUGCAGACUAUUCAAGAUGAAGUUGGAUGCUUUAAUUUCUGAAUGCAGGAAGAACAAGUUGUUUGGACCCGUCAUUGGAGUUAUCUAUACCAUCGAAUUUCAAAAGCGUGGUCUACCGCACGCUCAUAUACUUUUAUUUCUGGAUAAGCAACAACAAGCAUCACAUGGGAUACAUUUGGACAACAUAAUUUCUGCUGAGUUACCUGAUCCAAUACAAGAUCCAGAAUACUUCAAAUUAGUGGAUGAGUAUAUGAUGCACGGUCCUUGCGGUAGAGCUCGGUUGAAUUCUCCAUGCAUGGCUAAGGGUAAAUGUACUAAACACUUUCCCAAAAAGUUUGUUAAUGUUUCUAAUUUUGACGAUGAUGGUUAUCCUAUUUAUCAAAGACGUGACAAUGGUCGUUCUGUGGUGAGAAAUGGGAUUAAUUUGGACAAUCGCUAUGUGGUGCCACACAAUAGGCAUUUGUUGCUAAAGUAUAGAGGUCAUAUUAAUGUGGAAUGGUGCAACCAAUCCCGUUCAAUAAAGUACCUGUUCAAAUACGUCAACAAGGGUCACGACAGGGUGACCGCAGAGUUCUACCGUAGCAACAGCGAGGGAGAUGAACCGCAAGUGAUUGAUGAGAUAAGUAUGUAUUAUGAUUGUAGGUACAUAUCUCCAUGUGAAGCUGCCUGGCGUUUAUUUGGUUUUGAAAUACAGUUAAGAACACCAGCGGUUGAACGGUUAAGCUUUCACUUACCCAAUCAACAGAGUGUAGUUUUUGCAGAUGAUGAUCCGGUUGAUAACAUACUCAGUCGACCAACUAUAUUACAAAGCAUGUUUUUGGAAUGGUUUGAGGCAAACAAAACAUACCCAGAAGCAAGGAAACUGACAUAUGCUGAAAUGCCAACGAAGUUUGUAUGGAAAAAGGAUAUUAGAAAAUGUCAUCCAAGGAAAAGAGGGUUUUCAAUAGGUAGAGUUUUCUAUGUGCCGCCUGGCAGUGGCGAGAUAUUCUAUUUGCAGUGUCUUUUGAAUAAAGUUCAAGGGCCUACAAGUUUUGCAGAUAUCAGAACAGUAAAUGGUGUGCAGUACGAAUCCUUUAGGGACGCGUGUUCAGCUAGAGGAUUAGUAGACGACGAUAAAGAGUAUGUUCAUGCUACUGAAGAAGCAGGUCAGUGGGCCACAUCUGCUAAUUUGAGAAGAUUGUUUGUGACUUUGUUGAUGUCCAACUCAAUGUCAAAACCUGAAGUGGUGUGGGAAGCUACGUGGAACUAUUUGACUGAAGAUGCAGAAUUCCAUAUUAGACAACAGACGGGACUUGGAGAUUUAAUUUUAUCUGAGGAUCAAUAA